AUGGCCUCUUCACGUCGCUCCGGACGCAACCCAUUCGGCGCCGCCGCCGCCGACACCCUCAAGAAGUCCUCGCCGAAGAACCCUGCUCCAGCUCAAAARGCCGCUACCCACAAAUCCAAGAACAAAAACUUGACUAGGGGCAACCUCCAAAGCACUACCAAGGCAGAGCUGAUGCGCCUACUUCGUCGCGGCGGCGUGAAGCAGACAAAGGUGGAAGUCUACUCGGAGAUCCGCGUGGCGAUCAAGCAGCGGUUAGAGAUGAUGGUUGCGGCCGCGGGCAACCUCGCCAUCUAUCGCGGCGGCAAGGUUGUGACACUCGAGGACGUGAAAUACGUCCUUGAGUCACUACCGAAGACCGAUUAG